AUGAGUCAGAAACGAUCUUCAAAACCAAACCGAGGCAGUAAUCAUAGUGAACGUACCGUCACGCCCGAUUUCCAAGAGGAACUAGAAAGAUAUCAAGCAUCCAUCAAGGGACUUGAAGAAAUACAAGGAAAGCUGGAACGCAGACUGGAAGCAUUCAAAAAGCUGCUUGAGCAGUUUAAUAAAGCAGAGGAUUUCCAAAGACAGGUUUCUCAGAGUUUCUCGAAGUACAUUGAAGAGGUUGAAGAGAGUAAGCUGGAUCCAUUUACACAGAAUCUCGUCAAAAGUCGAUUAGACGUAAUCCAUCACGAUAUAGUUCAUUUGAUUGCACGAUUGAAUCGUUGCAUAAACGAACAAGCAAAGGAACCAAUUCCUUGGUAUGAAGAGGAGUAUAAACGUUAUAAAGAUAAAAUAGAGAAUCACAAAGAACAGGCAAAAGGUUAUAUUGAGAACAAAAAUGCAGCUGGCCUCAGAGACCUUACCAGGAAUCAAGAGGAGUUUAGAAAAUCGAAAGAUCGCACUCAUCCUAGUUAUAAAUAUCUGUAA